UAUUUCUUUUAGUCCUACAGGAUCACAUGUUGAAUGGUGUAAACAGCUUAUAGCUGCUACAAUUUCUAGUCAGAUUUCAGGUUCAGUGACAUCAGAAAAUGUAUCCAGAGAUUACAAGGUUUUCAGGAGGCCUGAUAUAAGGAAUAUUCAUAAAGCAAGACAAAGAUUGGCUCUACGGGAUGGAAAUAAGCUGGCACAGAUGGAAGAAGCACCACUUUUUCCCGGAGAAUCAAUCAAGGCUAUUGUGAAGGAUGUCAUGUAUAUCUGCCCAUUUGUGGGAGCAGUGAGUGGAACCCUGACAGUGACUGACUUUAAGAUGUACUUCAAAAAUGUAGAGAGGGACCCGCAUUUCAUCCUUGAUGUCCCCCUGGGAGUGAUCAGCAGAGUUGAGAAGAUUGGAGCACAGAGCCAUGGGGACAACUCCUGUGGCAUCGAGAUCGUGUGCAAGGAUAUGAGGAACUUGCGACUUGCUUAUAAACAGGAAGAACAGAGUAAACUAGGGAUAUUUGAAAACCUCAGCAAACAUGCAUUUCCUCUUUCCAACGGGCAGACACUCUUUGCAUUCAGCUAUAAAGAAAAAUUUCCAGUUAACGGAUGGAAAGUUUAUGAUCCAGUAUCUGAAUAUAAGAGACAGGGCUUGCCAAACGAGAGCUGGAAAAUAUCCAAAGUCAAUAGUAAUUAUGAGCUCUGUGACACGUACCCUGCCAUCAUUGUCGUGCCAACUAGUGUAAAAGAUGAUGACCUUUCCAAAGUGGCAGCCUUCCGAGCCAAAGGUAGAGUCCCGGUGUUGUCAUGGAUUCAUCCAGAGAGUCAGGCGACGAUUACCCGCUGCAGCCAGCCACUUGUGGGUCCCAAUGAUAAACGCUGCAAGGAGGAUGAGAAGUACUUGCAAACUAUAAUGGAUGCAAAUGCGCAAGCUCACAAACUUAUCAUCUUUGAUGCCCGGCAAAACAGUGUCGCCGACACCAACAAGGCAAAGGGCGGGGGCUAUGAAAGUGAAAGUGCUUACCCGAAUGCAGAACUCGUGUUCUUGGAGAUCCACAACAUUCACGUGAUGAGAGAGUCGCUGCGGAAACUGAAAGAGAUCGUGUACCCGUCCAUUGACGAGGCGCGGUGGCUGUCCAACGUGGACGGGACGCACUGGCUGGAGUACAUAAGGAUGCUUCUUGCUGGGGCAGUGAGAAUUGCUGAUAAAAUAGAAUCCGGGAAAACGUCGGUGGUGGUGCACUGCAGUGACGGUUGGGACCGAACAGCCCAGCUGACGUCCCUGGCCAUGCUGAUGCUGGACAGUUAUUACCGCACCAUUAAAGGAUUCGAGGCUCUCAUAGAAAAGGAGUGGAUCAGCUUUGGACAUAGGUUUGCACUGCGAGUGGGCCAUGGCAAUGACAACCACGCAGAUGCUGACCGGUCCCCUAUAUUCCUGCAGUUUAUUGAUUGUGUUUGGCAAAUGACGAGACAGUUUCCUUCAGCAUUCGAGUUUAAUGAACUAUUCUUGAUUACAAUUUUGGAUCACCUUUAUAGCUGUCUAUUUGGGACUUUCUUGUGCAACUGUGAGCAGCAACGACUCAAAGAGGAUGUAUAUACGAAGACUAUAUCUUUGUGGUCUUACAUCAAUAGCCAGCUUGAUGAAUUUUCUAAUCCCUUCUUUGUGAAUUAUGAAAACCACGUCCUGUAUCCUGUUGCUAGUCUGAGUCACUUGGAAUUAUGGGUAAACUAUUAUGUGCGAUGGAAUCCACGAAUGAGGCCUCAGAUGCCCAUCCACCAGAACCUCAAGGAGCUGCUGGCUGUCCGGGCGGAGCUGCAGAAGAGGGUGGAGGACCUGCAGCGGGAGGUGGCCACACGUGCCUCGUCCUCAUCGGAGCGGGGCUCCUCGCCUUCGCACUCGGCCACGCCCGUGCACACCUCGGUCUGACGGCCGCGGGCCCUGGCCCAGGCGGGGACUGCAGCGGCUGGACCUGUGAUCCUGUCUUUUCCGAUUAGGCCCCGCGACCAUUUGUGUGCUAGGUGACAGCUCCCAUGGUCAGCAGUGCUGCUGUGUUGUAAACACCCCACUUCCCUCCCGUCAGCGCUUUCUCAGGGCAGCUGUCUGUCCCAUUGACCCUGUGACCCGACGGUCCACGGUCCCAGCGCUUGGGAGACACUCAGGUGAGCGGUACGCAGUGCUAAGGUUCAAGGUGGUACAUCCUUGUGAAAAACCCACCCCAUUCCCUUAAAGACCACGUUGCCAGCCACGUGGCUCCUUUCGGCUCUUAGCUAACUAAAAGUGUUUCAAAAUGCACUGGUGGGGAAGACAGACCGUCGCCAUCUUUCCUACAGUGCUCUUCACGCCAGGGGUCCUCCUGUACCAAUUACUGUUGUGUACAUAUAAGGUAUUUUUAAAGAAGAGAAACAUGCCUUUAUUUUCCUAUGUCCUUUUUUAUGUUCAGACUAGUCACCCAAGCUGGUAUCUGCUGCACUGGACUGAGUGAGGAAUUUUCAAACAGAGCUCACGCUGUUAUGUGGUACAUUUGAAGCACGAUUUGAAUCUAGUCAUUUAAGGCCACAUGUUCUGCCCUCACCUGUGUGCUGAGGCGGCACGGGUGUUCCUGGUAGUGCUGCAGUGUCCCCGGGGUUGGCACAGUGGAGGCUGGGCACAGCCUCCCCGGGGCCCCAUCACUCCUGAGCUGCCCAACCCUGCAGCCUGCCACUCCCCCCGCUGACAGCUGUAUGUAUCAAAGCCAGCCUGCUCUCUGCCUGUCUGAAAUACUAGUUCUCCUUUUAUCAAGAUCCCUUCAACUCAGAUUAUUCCUGUGACUGAAUGUUGGUAUUUUAAAGCAACUACUGCGCCGUGGCUUCAGAUGCCAAAAGCAGAGCCCUUGAUUCCCUCGGUUUUCUCAUCUCACAGCUCAGGCCUCUCCUCCCCGUGUUGCACCUUCACUCACCGACUUUGGGCCCUGGGACCAUCAGUCUGGGCAGGAAUUAAUUUACCAUCAACUGGCCCAUCCACUAGCGCUGGGGCUCUGAGCUGCUGCAGAAUCUCGCACAUUUGCUCCCGGCUCCAGCAGGCCCCGCCCUCCUCGGGCCACGCCAACUUCAGCCAGCCCCUGGGACCUCCACUGCAGCGGGAGUUAACCUUGCCUUUAGAGUGGGGGCAGGCAGAAGCUCAUGGAGCUCACAACUGCAUUGUAACACGUGGUUGGUUUCAAAUUACUGGAUGCUACCCAAAGUCCUACAUGUUGACCUUAUUUUUGAAAACAUUCUUAAAGGUUUUUUACACUCAAAUACUUAACAGAAUAGAUGUUUUUUCAACUUGGAACCUUCUGAUUCUUACAGAAAAUUAUCUGGUAUCUGUAAGGUAUCAAAUAUUUAUUCAAGGUAAUUUAAUAACCGAAAAUGAAUUCAUUUUUAUCAUCUGGGGGAUUUGUUUCUAAGGCGUGGUUUAAUUGAUGUUAGCUUUUGAUUUAGGCUUCCAACAUAGCCGAAACCUUGUUUAUCAAUGGAUAAACUGGAUUAGUCGUUGAUUACUGAGUUUUUAGAUGGGGACGGGUCUCACUUUCUCCCCAGGGAUAGCACAUAAUCUCCCAGCUGCACUGACUCCUAAACUUGCUGUGGCCUGAAGACUGCUUUUCACAGAACCAGAGAAGCAGACUCGGGCUUAUGCUUUCCAAGGUCAACUAGCCUGGGACUGGGCUGUCCUACCUCCCCUACCCCAUGUAUUGGGCCCUAGGAGGACCCCAAAACCCCCAUUCCAUUUGAGAGCAGCACAACAGAUCGCUUUCUGUUGUUCCUAGCAUAGAACUGUUUCUAAAGCAACUUAAAGUAUAGUUUUGUUACCUAAGCAGUUUUUUUGUUUUAUUUAAGUGCACUAGACUGUAAAACCUUUACAGGUCAGAUUGUUUAAGACUGGUACAGUACCGUAUUUGCCUCAUCUGAUGCACUGUGUUUCAAUCUGUAAUUAAAAUGUUUGCCCUGUGGUCUCAUUU